UUUUUCUGCCAGAGCAGUGCCUUCCACACUUCAGACAAAGUAUUUUUUUUUUUCACCGUUUGUUUCACCUAAUAGCUGUAAGUUAAAUCGUAGGCCCGUUAUAAGCCCAGAAGUUUAUUAGAAAGGAGUUCUUACUUAUCGCAAAACCUAACCAUGAAAGAUCCAACUGCCGAGUUUCUAGCACAAGAAAAAGAAGCUUUUUCUGAGCUGGGAGAUGAAACUAUCCUCUUUGAUUCUAUUGAAGAUACUCUUGAUUCUAAAGAAGAUAUAGACCUUAAGUCGCUUUCCUCAUCUGAGCCAGGUUUUACUACCAGUUCGCCUAAAACUUUUGAAAAAGAUUAUGAGAAAGGUAGUAAUAGCCCUUUCCUUACUGAAGAAUUUGAAUCUCUUUCCGUUGGUGAUGUGCAAACUUCCCAACCUUCUAUUGAUGACGUAAUUAGCCAUGCUUCUCCUCAAGAAAGAGAAUCAGAGGCUGUUAAAUUAUGGCGGGACAAUUUUGAAGCGCGCCUAGCUAAAAAAGACGCAGAAGAGGAAGAAGCUCGUAAGGAGCUCUUCAGAAAAGCCCAACAGGAUCUUUCUAACUACAAGGAGAACUACCAACGGUCAUUGGCGUGCAAAAGCAGGAAGACGUGCGAAAGCGCUGAAAAAAGGGGGGCUAAAGAGCUGACCAACCCUCGAUCUACUCAGCCAACCCCACAGGACUGGAGAGAAGUGUGCGAAAUCUGCAACUUUACAGCGAAAGGAGAUCCGGGUGCCUCCCAGAAGCAAAAGUUGCGAACUUUACUACUCACCUUGAAAGAAUAGCACUCCAACGUGGAGUUUUAAGCACAAUCCCAUUUAAAAAAAUUUUUUCUUUAGAUAAAAUUACUUUUUCAAAAGUGUCCUGUUUGUUUCAUAUUUGAGUUAUA